UUCAGAUCGAAUUCAUUCUAUUUCAAAUAGAAACGGUUCUCUUCCAAUCAGAGACUUUCUGAUGAUAUCCGGGCCUUUCCGCUGUUCCUUCCAACGCAGUCGUCGUCCUCCUCGUAUUCGGCCUGACGACUCCAAUUCGCCCCAAUCGCCCUGCUCCAACUCGUCCUUUUCCUCCGCUUCAACAGUCUGACAUCCACUUCACUUCCAUCCAUCAUCCUCAAUUCUUUCCAGUUUGCUUGGUGUUAAUUUAAUGCCUACCCUCAUGUCUGUUCAUGUCACAUCCCGAAGAUUCCUAUAGCGCCACCGUCUUGGAAGGUCAUGCCCACAACUCGCUCGUCGCCGAGUACGUCUUUGCGACCUUCAUCGGCCUCGCCUGGUGCAACGCCAUCGAGCUCAUCAUCCUCUGCCUCCUCACCUUCAAGCGCUACCAUGGCUACUACUUCUGGAGUCUCCUCGUCGCCUCCUUCGCCAUCAUCCCCUUCGGCCUUGGCUACAUCCUCAAGAUCUUCGGCAUCUCAAACACCCACCAUUACCUCGAAAUCGCCAUCGUCGAUGUCUCGUGGAUUUUCUUAAUCACCGGCCAGUCGCUGGUUCUCUGGUCGCGAUUACACUUGGUGCUUGAUAGCCGGCGGGUGCUGCGCGGGAUUCUGUAUCUGAUUAUUACGAAUAUGUUUAUCCUGCAGAUUCCGAGUUUCGUGCUCGAGAUGGGGACGAAUUCGGGGUCGAAGGGCUUUGCGCGCGCGUUUAACGUCAUGGAGCGGAUUCAGCUGGUCGGGUUUUGUCUCCAGGAGCUGCUUAUUUCGGGCCUUUAUAUCGUGGAGACGGUGAAGCUGCUCAGAUUGCAUCCGGGCGGCAAGUCGAGAGGGAUUCUGAUUCAGUUGAUCAUCGUGAAUGUCCUCAUCAUGCUGAUGGAUGUCUGUGUGGUCGCGGUGCAGUAUGCGAGUCUGUUCACCUUUCAAGUUACGCUCAAAGCGCUCGUCUACAGCAUCAAGUUGAAGCUCGAGUAUGUCAUACUGGGCCGACUGGUGGAUGUCGCGCAUUUACGAUCGGAUUCGACGCAGGUUAAUACGGAUAGUUUGAAUCUUUAAUAUUGUAUAUAUUGUAUAUAGAUGUAUUAGACUAAUACGACGUAAUUAUCAUAAUCAACUCAUACAUUCCCCAGUAAGUAGUCUAGUUGGAGAACUUUUCGGGCACUUUCUUUCCAGUGAAUUUCUCAAACUGCUCACGCGCACCGUCGGUGAUCUUCUCGUUUGUUCCGCGCAUCUUUUCAGGGUCGACCUUGCCACCGCCAAACUUGCGCUCUGCUGCGUCAAGGGCCUUGUCGAGGUAAUCCUUCUGGCCGGAGCCGCCACCGCUGCCGCUGCCGCUGC